AUGGAUUCAGUACUUAACCUGAUUAGUGAAUACUCACCAUUUCCUGUAAAUUCAUCACUCAACACCACAAGAGAGUAUGCACGGGGUCUUUCUAAGGAGAUAGCAUUUAUACUGCUUGACAACGAAACGCUGAGGAGCGUAAUACAUCCUGUCGUGAUCUUCUACGUUUCGAUGAGUAUCGUUGCUGCUACAUUGAUAGCUAUUGGAUCUUAUGCCACUAUAGAGAAACCUGCCAAUGCUAUAGAUCCCAAUCCAAACCACCCUCUAUUUGAUCAAUCUGAUAAAGACAGGACACUAGUUCCCGAUGCUUCUAUUUCAACUUCAACGGCCGCAUUUAUGCCGUUAAUUGCCGGUAUCGGUUUGGUGAGUCUUUAUUUUUUAAUCCAGCACAUAGAUAAAGAUAAACUAGCUGAAUUUCUAAGCAAUUACUUGCUAGUCGCUGGCUACAGUGCUGAUUCAUUUACCUUGAGCUUCGUUUAUAAGGUCAUUUGCAGAAAAUUGGCCUAUUGGACUGGUAAAAGUUCCCUCACAUUCAAUCCCAGAUAUAAUAUGACAUUUUCCAAGGAUUCCAUGGUACACCCAGCCGGUCUAGAGCCGGGGAUGCUUCUUCCAGAGACCUCUGAAGAGGAAAAAAUUAUCAAAGAGGAAGCACUACUUUCUGCACGUAACUCUGUGGCAAAGGAGGACCAGUUGUUCAACGUUUACUUUACUAAAGGUGACAUUUAUAGCAACGCUUUGAGCUGCUUGCUUACUUUAAUUCUCUUACUUCUCGAUUACAACAGUAACUGGGUUCUCAGAAAUAUUGCCAGUUCCCUUCUUGCAAUUUAUGGCAUUGCAAAGUGCCGAUUGACUAGUUUCAAAGUAGCCAUCACUGUCCUUGUUCUCUUCUUUGCAUAUGAUAUAUAUUUUGUUUUUGGUUCUGACAUAAUGAUGUCUGUGGCUACAAAUAUCGAUAUCCCAGUGAAACUUAUGAUUCCGAACAGUGCCUCAAGAACCGAAGGCACUGUUCAACUUUCUCUCUUGGGAUUGGGAGAUAUAAUUUUACCGGGAUGUGUUAUAGCUCUAUGCCUCAGAUUCGACUUGUACAUUUUCCACGAGAAAAAUCCUAACACAGAAUUCCACCAUCUACAGAGCUACCCAAAACCGUACUUUUAUGAUGCCUUAAUCUUUUAUUCGUUGGGGCUAGCAGCUACAUGUUCAGCAAUGUAUGUCUUUGAACAGGGACAGCCUGCACUUUUAUACCUAUCACCAUCGCUAUUGAUUGCAAUAUUUGUUACUGCAGGAGUGAAAGGAGAGCUUAGAACUUUAUGGGAUUAUCAGGAAGAUACGGAUACAGACAUCUUUAAAAAAGACAAAGAUAUAGAAAUCGAUAUUCUUUGUUCCAAGGAGACAUUGUACUUGGCCGGGAAAAUUGAUGAUAAAGAAGAAGAGGAGGAGGAAGAGGAGGACGAGGACUACGAACCAGAAGAAGUUGAUGACGACGAAGAGGAGGCCUAUGAUAUUUGA